AUGGCUUGUGAGAGAGUCGAUGUCAGUAUUUUGGUUGUGGAUGACGAUGAUGUUUCUCUGGCCAUUGUUGCUAAUAUACUCAACUCAUUGGAAUACAAAGUUCUCAUUGCCAACGGUACCCAUAAUGCUUUGGAGACUCUUCGAGAGUUUGAAGGCUUUGUCGAUCUUGUCAUUACAGAACUUCAUAUAUCAGGAAUGAAUGGAUUUGAAUUUCAAAAGCUAGUUAUAAAUGAAUUCCAGAUACCAGUAAUAAUGAUGUCUGCAGAUAGCAGAAAGAGUGUGAUGUCGAAGAGUUUAGAAAAUGGUGCAGCACACUUUAUUUUGAAACCUUUUUGCAGAGAUGACUUCAAAGACAUUUGGCAGUUUGCUAUGGCUGCAAGGAAAGGGACAGUAACUACUGAAAACAUUGAAGGAGAGUCAACAGGUGAUAAGGUUAUUGUUCAGGAUGUUAACUCUUCUGAAACAUCAUCAUUGGCUAAGCCUAAGAGAAAAAGGAAGUAUGGCCAGAGAAAGAAUAAGCAAAUGAGUAAGGAAGACCAAAGUGAAGAAAGCUCUCAGCUUGCAAAGAAACAAAAAGUUGUUUGGACAACUGAUCUUCACAAUCUCUUUCUUCUUGCUAUAAAACAAAUUGGAAUGGACAGAGCUGUGCCAAAGAAAAUUCUGGAAAUCAUGAAUGCGCCGAACUUAACUAGAGAAAAUGUUGCUAGUCACUUGCAGAAGUAUCGAAUGUUCCUGAGAAAAGUAGCAGAGAAAGGGUUAGUUGAGGGCUUAUCUGACAGAACUCUAAGGUCAAGGUUUGCAUCUGGCCUUUCAGCGUCACUGAUCAGAGACAUCCAAACAAGAACUGCGAAAUUACGUGUUCCCGCGCAGCCAUAUCUGAAAAGAUUAGCACAUCAACCAGAAAAUGGAGGGAAGGCCAAUGCCGUUAAACCUUUCAACCAUGUUUCAAGAAAUGCUUAUGUUACUCCACAUGGAAGAAGUCAUCAUCAAUUUCCUAAUGCAUUCCACAAAGGCUUGAAUUUGAUGCUUCAAAACCAGCACGUUGAUUCUUGGAAUGUAUCACAAUCAAGGUAUGGAAGUAAUGUUGGAGCCAAUAGUACCCACCAAAAAAUUUUGGGAAGCUAUGCAAACCCAAUGCCCUAUCAAGCAAAAAUCUCAUGCAAUGCUGGUGCUGGAUUUCCAACAUGUGGAAUAAAUGGACGUGGCUUGAUGACUUCAACAAAUGGCCUAAUAGGAGGAUUGAAAUAUGGUGAGCCAAUGUACCAAAACUAUGUUAAUUCAAUGGGAAAUCACCAAAACUUUAGCUAUGGUCCAGGAAAUGGGAAAACCGCAUCUUUGAACAGUUCUAACAAUCAGCCUUGGAGCACUACGUCUAUUUAUAAUCCCAACACUAAUAUCCAACUGAAUGGUGGAUCAAAAAUGGUUGGAAAUGGGAUAAAAGGUGGGUUUAAAAGUACUGUUGGUGCAAUGGAUUCUAUUGCAAAUAACAACAACUUUAGCUUGAUCAAUGGGACUAGUCAAAAUGCAAAAAUGAAUGUCGCACCAUUGGGGCAUGGAAAUUUUGGUUUAUCUCAAGGAGGGUUUGGUAUUGCUUCUGCUUCGAAAGCUGAGGAUGGGUGGUCAAAUGAGUUUCCACAAACAAUGAUAACUAAUGGAACUAAAGCAGAAAAUAGUUCAGGGUUCCCACAGUUUCCUCAUCAACUAGAUGACAAUGUUGAAGAAAAUGAGAAUCUGUAUAAUAAUGCCACUUCAAUAUGGGAGAGUAAGUUUACCCACCUGGAAGAUGACCUUGCUGACAUUUUCACGGUGUUAGAUGAAAUGAAUCUUCUUAAUGAGACUGAUGAGAACCCAGAUGCAAGCGAAGUUUUAGAGUCUAUCCUUUCUGGCCCUCGUCACGAUGUGCAAUCCCUUGAGCAGUCUAUCGGAGCUGGUGAUGUGAUUGAUAACCCAAAUGAAGGCUCAUUAAAUCUACCAAACAAGUCCACGACAUGCUCUGACAAAAAUUCUAACCAGCUGGAAGGAUAUGACGGAUUUGGGGACAUGGAACCGUUUGACGAGUUCCUAGUAGAUGAUGUUUCCUCAGCAACUCACUCAGCUAUUGAUCAGGAUUGGGAUAUGGAACUCAUUGAAGCCUUGUUUGGUGAUGAGGCAAACUAG